CCUACAGUGCACUCCUGACAACAGCCAUCUGACAUUUACAGGAACUAUCGUUUUUAAUCAACGUGCUAUAAAGAGAAAUUUACUAACAUUGUACAAUGACUGCGAAUCAUGUUCGAAAGCGUCGAAAAGGAGGGUCAACGGAAAGAUAACGAUACAUUAUUAAAAAUCAAUAAUUUUGAUCCUCUGGAAGAUGGAACUCCAAACUGGAGUUGUUACAAACUGAUUAUUGAUCCGGAUUUGAGCAGCGGAAGUCAGAAAGUGUACCGAUAUGAUGGACAACACUUCAGUGCACCGCAUCCUGGAUGUUUCCCUGUGGAUGUUGUUCGAGAUCCCAGAACUACUCGUUUUUGGACAAAAUUUAAAGAAACAAAUCUCCUGGUCCCCAAAUUUAAGGUCGAUGAGCAUUAUGUUGGAGCGCCGAAGGAGUUGACAUUUGCAAGGCUUAAUGACAACAUUAGAGAUGAAUUCCUUUCUGAAAUGUGUAAACAGUUUGGAGAGGUUCAAGACUUGAAAGUUUUAUAUAAUCCGAAAAAUAAGAAGCAUUUAGGAAUAGCAAAGGUCAUUUUUGAAUCUGUAAAGGCAGCAAAUAAUGCAGUAAAAAACCUCCACAACACUUCUGUGAUGGGAAACAACAUUCAUUUGGAGUUUGACCCAAAAGGUGUGAAGAGGAACCGAUAUGUCCAGAUGCUUGUUAGUGGUUUAUACACACCUUUUACUCUCCCUGUUGGAGAAGAGGCCUGGGGACUCCAGUCACCAUCUUUCAUCACUGACUCUUUCACUGAGUGUGAACCUCUGAAGAAGCUGCCGUUCACACUAUCAUCAUUAUCCUCAAUAUGUAAUGGUUCUCCAUCACUGGAUUGUUCUACACCUUUAUCCAUGGAUACUGCCUACUCCAGCAUGCAUCAGGACACACCUAAUAGUUUCUGGCAGACCCCCCAAUACCAAGAUACCCCUUGCACGCCUUCUAUGACCCACAGUAGACCAGGCACACCAUCUCAGUUUGAAAGGACCCCAAAUGAGUCUGCGCUGACAUCCAGUGCUUUCAAUGUCCCUUUUAUUCAACAAUCCAUCCCAAACAUUUCACAGCAACAGCCUGUUCAUUUGACUCAACCAGUCUCAAAUAAACCUAGCAUUAUUCAAGGUGCUGUGCAAAACUUUUGGAUGCUAGGUGGAGCUCCGUCGCAAAACAGUAGCUCCUCGAAUAGGCAAAGAACUCCUGGACGCAACUAUCACCUUAGUAACCACGUUCGUGGAGGACACAGGGUCAGACCUCUCGAGAGCAAGUACCAAAAUGCAUACAACCGUAGGCCACAACAUAACUAUAUACAUAGACCUGUAUACAGAGGAGGUCACCACCGCUCUGUACCUUUAGCCAAUCAAGCGUCUUUUAAUAAAUUUCAGGAAAGUUCAACCACACCAUCACAUUCAGAUAAGCUCACAGUCCAAACCUUUACUGGCUCAGUCAAGGGCCUCAGUGUUAAUCACAGAUCUGUUGCUGAAGAUCUACCAUCACUUCCAAAUUUAGAAAAAUUGCCGCGAAAGGCCAUUGUAGUGAAUGUUCAUCACAUUCAUUCUGAUAUGCAAAUACAUGUGAAUGCUUCUGAAAAUAUUUUCAAUGGAAUUGCUUCCCAAGUAUCUUGCAAAACUCAAGAGGUGAACCAAACUUAUUGUCCACCACAAGCCCAAUCUUCUCGCUCAUAUACCCCAAAACUGUGUCCUUCCUCUGAAACCACAGAGGAUCUUUCAGACCCAAUAGUGCAGUGUCCUUCUCCUGAAUCUCCUGCUCCGGAAUCAAAGCCUGAAAGCCUAGACUCUCGCAUCCAGAUGCUUCUUAGUGCUGGAAGUCCAGUUCUGCCCCUUUUCAACCAAGAUAAUUCAGACUCAGAAACUGCUACUGAAGAGCACGAUCCCAGCCACUCUCCUUCUUGCUCCAUAGAUGUUGUCCUAAAUUGUGACCAAACAUCAUCUAGUGCAAAUAAUACUGGCUCCCAUCUCAAUAAAUACUCAGACCCAAAAGAAAGCCUGGAGGAUGCGAGUUUCACUCCACUCUGUGAUAUGGCAAAAGAUGAACAUGAACUUCAAUCAAUCAAGAAGCCUUUGUCCAAGAUAUCCACUAGCACUACUGUCAACCUAAAAGAAGAUGAAGAUACUUCAGAUCAGCCAUCUAGAAUACCUGUGAUCUGCACUUACAGGAGCUCUUUACCCCCUCCAAUUCCUCAAAUGCCCCCACACCCAAUCCUUUUACCACCAUCUUCUUGUUCUUUGUACCCUCCUCCAAAGAUCAAGCAAGUCUGUAAAUCACCUAACUGGCAGAGUAGUGCAAUACCUCUUCCUAUCCCUACUAGAAUAACACAAGUGCAAACCUCAUUCUCACCCCCCCUCCUACCUCCACCUUUCAAUUUCAUGACUCAUCGCCCACCUUACCCUUCCGCUGGGUGUUCAUCUACCAUGUUAAGGUUCAGACCACCUUGGCCUCCUCCCCCUAUGCCCAGGUUCGACCCAUCAGUUCCCCCACCGGGGUACGUUCCUAUGAAAGAAUUGGCCCAAAAGGCCACAGUGGAUGGAGUUCUAGCUGUUGUUGCUGCAGAGCUGCGGGCUAUCGUAAAGAAAGACAUACAUCGCAGGAUGAUUGAGAUUGUGUCCUUCAAAGCGUUUGAUCAGUGGUGGGAUGACAAAGAACAUGCGGCUAAGGUAUCUGCCCCAUCUGUUAAAUCUGGAGGAAAUAAAGACAUCAAGCUUAAAGUGAUGGAGCAAUGCGGCUCUGUAUUGGGCACAGGGAAAACAACGAGUCGGCAUGGUGCCAUUAAACUACCAUCAUUUAAGUUAAAAAGGAAGGACCCAUUAAAUCAGGACUCCUCUGAUGUUAAAAGGAUCUGUCCUUCUCCUGGUCUUGAACAAACUGAGGAAGAAGAGCCAGAGCAGCAAACAGCACUAGAUAAUGUUGGAGAGGACAUGACCAAAAAUGCCAGUGAAGAGACCAUGGUGAAACGCAGGCAUUCCAGGCCACUGGUGUUAGAAAGUGAGGAGGAAGAAGAUGACGAGAAUUCUGAGAAGAUGGCGAAUCCAGAAUCUGAGGAAGUUGAUGUGUCUCUGGACGGUGAUGAGAUGAAAGCUGAUGAACUACAUAAAGAUAUGAAGAGUGAUGCCUGUGUAUUAGAGGAUGAAGAUUGCUCAGAUUCAGAUACCAUCAGCCAUACAAGUUCAAACUUGUCUGCUUCUAAAAGCCAAGGAUACGACUCCUUUGUCUCUCCCAGAACUGUCUCCGACUCGUCAGCUUUUUCUCCAUCUGUUAUUGUCUCCUCAGCUUCCUCUAGAUCUGUCUUUGACUCCUCAGACGACAGAAGCGUUGACUCCUCAGACAGUCUUUCCUCAGGGGAGGAAGAUCAGUUGGAUGGUGAAAGAUCUUUUCUUGAAACUCCACAUCAGGACAGGAGAAUAGCAGAAGAGAUAUGGAUUUCUUCAGAUGAGGAUAAUAAGGAAAACCAAGAGAUGAUUCACAAUCCAUUUUACUCGUCUUUCACAGACUGGGAAGAAGAUCUCGGCCCCCCUGUGACCCCUUCUGCUCCAGAUUCAGUUGAAAGUGCUGUGGACCAUGACUUGUUUGAUUUGAAUCCAAGGAGAGCAGAAGAUCCAGAAGAGGAACUGAGCGUAAGAGUGUACAUGCAUGGUCUGAAACUAUCUGAGCCUGUCAGAUACACCUUACAGGACCCAGUUAAACACUGUUUAACAAACAAAUUUAAGCUCCCAGACCCAGUGAUAUUCUUCUCAGAGCAGGAAUCAGAGCUGCCAAGCCCACCGUCUCCUACAUACAGAGGACUGUCAGAUGAUUUGGAGACACAAUAUUCUACAGAUUCAGAGGACCAGAGAGUCAUUACAGAAACACUGAAGGAUUCUGAGAACCUUAGACCCAUCACACCUACUGGGUCUUUGUCCGAUAGUGACCCUGAAAUGGAGCUUGGGCGUAGAUUUUCUCCUCCUGCAAUUGAGGAGUUUGAGCUGCCACACACACCUGGUGGAUGUCUGGAAAUGGAGGAGGCUGAGGGUCAUAUUCUACAUCAAGGACCUCCUACACCAUUACCACCUCCUCCCUCUCCCACAGGCAUCCGACAUCCCUCCUCGCCCCUUUUCCACUGUCCUCCUCUCACUUUCUUAUACCCAGCAUAUGAGGAAACUCCAAAAACACCAAGCUGCUUCAAUGGUCCCUCCCACGUUGAGGGAAUAACACCAGCGGGAUUACAGCAAGAGGCUUUACAAAGAAUGGGAAGCCCCUCUAACUCCAUUCUGUCUCCAUGUGCUGACAGCAUGAUCCCGAGGACUCCAGGGAGAGACAUGUCUCCAUCUCCACCUGUUCUAAACCACGGAGAGAGAACCGUUCAGCAGAGAGAGCUGCGGGCUAGUGGACUCCAUCAUCAAAACUUUGGUUUUGCACAGUCAGAUGCGCAAACUAACAAUUUUUGUAUAGAUAAUGGGCAUGAACCUCAUAACCGCCAUAUCCCCUCACGUCAAACAGAGUCUUUGGACUCGGCACGCUUGAAAAGGCGACGAGCGCGGCUUAAAAUGAGGAAACGAAUGAUUGAAUUACAAAGGAGAAGACAAUGCCCAAAUAUAAAUACUCAUUCGUCCUUACAAGUGAACAAUGUGACAACAAAAUCUUCUUCAAAUCAGGUUUUGGGGUGUUUGGAUUGUGUAUCAGAUACCAGGACAGAACAAACACUACCAGAAGCUCACAGACAGAAGCGUUUGCUAGAAGACAAACGUAAACCAAAUGAGAAUCAAAGGGUUCAGGAGUCGUCAUGUUUAUGGAGAAAAUGGAGAGAAUCCACAUCCAGACAUCACCUCAUCUUCUCUCCACGCUCUGAGAGAAGAGAGAAGUUGAUCAUCCAUGCUGUGUGGACUAAAGGGGUGAAUGAGGAGGAGAUAAGGCACCUGAAGGCCACCUAUGAGAGGCUUGUGGAGCAGGAUAAAGAAUCUGAUUGGUUGAGAAGAACACGAUGGAUCCCACAUCCUCCAACCAGCACUCCUGACGACGGGCCAAUAAGAUGGCUGGAUGGGAUCAGGAAUCAUGUGACAGGUUGUGCACGUAGUGAGGGAUAUUACUUCAUCAGCAAGAGGGAAAAGCUGCGAUAUCUCUGUGAUGAGUUUGUUGUAGAUACUCAGGGAAAGAGUGUGCCAGCUCAGAUUCCACCUUCAUCCAGAUCAGGUUCAGAACUCCGAGCGGAACAGCGUCGUCUGUUGUCCUCGUUCAGCUGUGACAGUGACCUUCUCAAAUUCAAUCAGCUCAAGUUCCGUAAGAAGAAGCUGCGUUUUGGCAAGAGUCGUAUUCAUGACUGGGGGCUGUUUGCAGAGGAACCUAUUGCUGCAGAUGAAAUGAUAAUUGAAUAUGUAGGCCAGAGCAUUCGGCAGGUGAUAGCAGACAUGCGUGAACGGCGCUAUGAAAACGAGGGUAUUGGAAGCAGCUAUCUUUUCCGGGUAGACCAGGACACAAUAAUUGAUGCAACCAAGUGCGGCAACAUGGCAAGAUUCAUCAAUCACAGUUGCAAUCCGAACUGCUAUGCCAAAGUCAUCUCUGUAGAAGCUCAGAAGAAGAUAGUCAUCUACUCGCGGCAACCUAUUGGUGUAAAUGAGGAGAUCACUUAUGAUUACAAAUUCCCUAUUGAAGAUGAGAAGAUCCCCUGCCUGUGUGCUGCAGAGAACUGUAGAGGAACCCUCAACUAGACAAGGACUAUUCUCACAAUUUCAAAGUAUUAGCAGUAAACACGUUUCAGACUGUACAUGAAUUUAUACUUUAAGAACAAACCUCUGUAUUUAAAACACAUUUAUUGCAUACUAAGUAUACUACAAAUCCAUUAAUAUAUUAACUUACAUAUUGCUUUAGACUUAAUGAUAUAAAUAUUAUAAUUCAACUUUAUUUGGAUUACUUCUUUUUUGCACAAUGCACAUUUCUUAAUAUUAAGCCUAAAAUGUGUUUUGACAUCACUAUUAGUGAUAGUAUGAUCUCUGUAUGAUAUCAGUUUAAAUGCAAGAUAUUU